ACAAUAAGAGAACCUAUUCUGGGAUGUUUCUCAGGAGUGCCGGAGCAACAUCUGGUUUGUCUGAUACACCAGAGAAGACCUUGGUGUGCCUUUUUGAUAGCGCACACUGCUGAGUCAUGCUUGGAUGGAGGCCUCCCCGGCUUCAGCAGGUCACUCCACACACCGCACCAUGAACUCUAGUGUAGGACGCUGAAGGGAAGGACAGCGAAAAGGCCACUGGCGGACAAGGGGAUUGGGGUGUGGUGCAUCUUUUCUAGAGAAGCCACUGCGUCUGUCAGGACUCUCACCUUGGCUUUGGAGCUGACCACAUCAGAAGAACUCUUUAUCCGUGGUGACCGGCUGGUGGAAGAAGCAAAGAUGGCAAGCCGACUGCGAAGCCCAUAUAAGGAACCAGAGAUUGAGCUGUUUGUGAAGCUGUAGGGACACCGGUGGUGUUUGUGAUGAUGUCUUCCACUCCGAUUCAAGAUGGUGAACACGUGAACAUUUGAAGCACAAGUGGGCUAACCUGUGGACUUUCUGAUCUGAUUCAGAUUUGGCUGGCUUUGAUGGGGAAAACAUUGGGAACUGCCCCUUCUGUCAGAGCCUCUUCAUGGUGUUGUGGCUCAAAGGGGUCCGAUUCAACGUGACAACUGUUGAUAUGGCAAGGAAACCUGAGGAGCUGAAAGAUCUGGCCCCUGGGACCAAGCCUCCCUUCUUGCUAUUCAACAGGGAGCUGAAAACAGACUUUCUGAAAAUUGAGGACUUCCUGGAGCAAAUCUUAGGCCCUCCUAGGUAUGCACAGCUCAGCCCACAAAACAAGGAGUCCAUGGACGUGGGCAGGAACAUCUUUGCCAAGUUCUCUGCAUACAUCAAGAACACCCAGAAGGAAGCAAACAAGAAUUUGGAGAAGGCUUUGCUGAGAGAAUUCAAGCGACUGGAUGAUUAUCUAAAUACUCCACUCCCAGAAGAAAUUGACCAGAACAGCACCGAAGAAGUGUUGGUUUCUGUGCGGAAGUUCCUGGAUGGGAACCGAAUGACAUUAGCUGACUGCAAUCUGCUGCCCAAACUAAACAUCAUCAAGAUCGCUGCAAAGAAGUAUCGUAACUUUGAGAUUCCUCAGGAAAUGACAGCAGUUUGGCGCUACCUCCACAACGCGUAUGCCCGUGAUGAGUUCAGCCAUACGUGUCCAGAAGAUCAGGAAAUUGAACGCACCUAUGCCAGCGUUGCCAAGAAGAUGAGCUAAGGACCAGAUUCCUGAGGAGGUAGCAUUCAUACUGAUGUCUAAGAUGUCCAUUUCCUCAAUCCAAGCAGAAAGUCCUCAUGAAGAAACUGCUUUUACCAUGUUGGCCUCAAAAGGUCCUCUUGUUCUGAAUACUCCAGAGUCUUCCGUACUCCUUGGAAAAUAAUCCUGCAUGUGAUCUCUUCGGUCACACCUUCCAGCAAGAGGAAUCUGUGUAUACAUACAUGAUGCUACUUUGGAGAUAAUAACUCACUGCCACCUAAUAAGAGCCCCUGGUGGCGCAGUGGUAAAACUGCCGCCCUGUAACCAAAAGGUUACAAGUUCAAUCCUGACCAGGGCCUCAAGGUUGACUCAGCCUUCCAUCCUUCCGAGGUCGGUAAAAUGAGUACCCAGAAUGUUGGGGCAAUAUGCUAAAUCAUUGUAAACCGCUUAGAGAGCUUCCAGCUAUAGAGCGGUAUAUAAAUGUAAGUGCUAUUGCUAAUAGUGCAGUAGGGAAAUGCUUGACUAACAAGCAGAAGGUUGCCAGGGCUGCCCCCUGCUACUAUAUCAGACAGCAGCAAUAUAGGAAGAUGCUGAAAGGCAUCAUCUCAUAUUGCAUGGGAGGAGGUAAUAUUCUACCUAUAUUCUACCAAAUAAUAUUCUACCAAAAUAAAACCACAGGGCUCUGUGGGCACCAGGAGUCAAAAUUGACUUAACGACACACUUUACCUUUAUGAGUCUGUGAUGCUUAAAGCUCUGUGUGCUUUAUUGGAGAGCUUCUCUAUCAACCAGACACUUUUCAGUAGGGGUCUUAGAAUCUAAUUCUCCCAUUUCUCAUAUUUGCUGGCAAGUUUUUUCCUCUCACACUGGCUAGAGAGGAGUGUAUCUCUGUGCAUGUACAGAGUGUCUUUCCUUCAAGACUUCUAAUGUGAUGGCAACCAAGUAUAAGUCUUGUCCAUCCCUCUUUUCUCUUAUGAGACCUAGAUUUGCUUCUUUUGUAAAACAGGGUAGUCCAGAAAGUCCAGAGGCAGAUGGAUGAUGCAGUUCUUCUGCUGAAGUUCAUCAGGUAUGGCCCUGGAAGGUGUUGAAAUAGAAAGCUACUUGCCUAACAUUUAUUUUAUUUAUUAUUUGGUUUUUAUACCACCUUUCAUUAAUCUCAAGGUGGUUUACAAAACAUUUAAAAACAAUACAAAACUAUCAAACAGUUAAAAUGAUAUAAAUAUUACACUGGAACAUAAAAUACAAAUCUAAUUAAAAGUAUCAAGCAUGUCAGCCACAGCCAGAGAAACUUUGGUCUUCUGGAAGAGCCCUCUAGGUUUGCAGAAGAGGGAAAGGGCUGUCCUAACCUUUCUAGGGCCAUGAAAAUGGAACAUUCAUUUGUAGACCUAGAAAGUGGGAAGGGUACAAUUGAGGGGGGAAGAACAGCGGGAGAUCAAGGGUAAUAAACAACUAGAGGUUGUGUCAGCAGAGCCGGUUCUGAAGAGUGGAGUCGCAGCUAUAACUCAAAAUUUUGCGCAGAUAGGAAGGGGGGGGGGUCAGAGAAAAGUCAGGUAUACAUAAGAUUAAUACAUCCAAAGUUGCUAGGCAACUCCCCCCACUCCAGAGCUUCUGCUACCUGCAAUGGUAAAGUUAACCAUUUACUUGUGAAAUCAGAAGAAUUCAUUGCUGUUGCAAUUCCAACAUGCAGAACAUGCUAGAGCAGCGGUUGGCAACCUUUCAGAAUUAGUGUACCAAGUCUUCAUUUAUUCACUUGGAUUGAAGAUUCUGUGUGCCAAUAAUACAAAAUGUCUACAUUCUACCCCCUGCCUCUGGGUUGCCCUUCUACCUUCUGCCCCCAUUUCCAGCAUGCACCACCUCAAACCUGCCCCCAUGACUGAGAUAAAUUCUCUCUGACUUGGCCCCAGGGCUGGUUUUUCAGGGGCUACAUGCUGGAAACUGGGGGUGGGGGUGAGGCAACUCCCCACAGGAGACCCACAGGUCCCCUGUGGGAGGUUGCCCUUAUUCCCCCUGCCCCCAAUUUCUGGCAUGCAGAAACCCACAGCUGAGAACCAUUAAUUGGAUUAGCCGUGUGGGUACCACUUUUGGCAUGUGUGCCAUAGCAGGUUGACCCCUGUGCAAAUGCCUCUUGAAAUCACAUCUAUCUUGCCCUUUUCCCCCCUUGAAACAACGUUUCCACCCAAAUCAUGCCAGUGUCAGUUGGAUAUCUGCUGGGUGGAUGCAUUGCUCAGCACAGAGCAUUCGCUUCCCUGGAAUUCUCAGCAGUUGAGUGUUGGGAACAUUUUCAAGAGUCUCACUACAAAUGUAUGGGUGUGCCAGAUGCUUUGUUAUGCAGGGAGUGGCCCAUUUCCACUCUCUUGCCUCUUCAGCCUUGGCACAUGCAAGCUCUGCCUUGACAAGGCCAUGUUUGUCUAGGGUUGGUUGAACAGACCUGCUACUAGAACACGUUCAACCAGUCAGGUGGCAAAGUUAUAUUUGUAAAAGAGAUACGACAAGUGUCCAUCUUGGUGUGUAAUAAGGCAAGGACUCUCCAGGUUGGGUCCCCAGAUGGGCAGCCCUUUCAUGAAGCGAGGUGGGUGAUCGGGGUGCCAGCAAGGUGGCAGCUUGCAAGAAGCGCAAGGAGAGAAGAGGAAACUGCUGGCAACCUUCCCUCCUCCCCACCCUCCUGCCACUUUCAAAGCUUGCAGUUUUGAGUGGGAUGGAGCAACACAGCAUUUGGGGCCUCCCCUCAAGGGCCACAAUACCUUAGGCCACCCCUGGCUACAACUCUCAUCAUACCCAGCCACAAUGGCUGACAGUUGUUGUGGCUGUGUUUGAUGGGAGUUGUAGUCCAGCAUCAUCUGGGACAUUUGAGAAAUAUUAGUAUGGUCAUCACAUGGCCUUUUAUAGGCAAGUCAAAAAUGCCACCUCUGCCACUGAUAAUAAGUGGUUAACCUAUCAAAUGCCGCCUUCUCCAGAUUCUGCCAUUUUCUAACCAUAACCCACCCAGUUUGGCUCCAUCUUGAUGUACACAAUUCUGCCUUAGCUAUGGCCCCUCCUAGUGGACAAGUAUUUUUCAAAGUUCUGUUUUUUAAAAAAAGAGGUAUUAAUCAUAUAUAAUGGCAAUAGGCAUGUUUGUAAUGGAGGUGGCCAACCUGAGGUUCUCCAGCUGUUGUUGGACUACAGCUCCCAUCAUCCUCUGCCACAAUUUGGGGGAUGAUGGGAGUUGUAAUCUAACAACAGCUGGAGAGCCUCAAGUUGAUCACCGCUAGUGUAAUACAAUCUAGUAUAUGCAUCUUGGAAAGGAGGAAAAUAAGAGUGCCUUAAAUACAGUUUCCAGAGGAGUAGCUGUGCUAGUGUCUUUCUCCUAGUCUUAUGGCACCUUAGAAACCAACACACUGGUUUUGGCAGAAGCUUCUGUGAGCUAGAGCCUGUAUCUGAUGAAGCAGAUUCUAGCCCCCUUAUGCUUGUGCCACAAUAAAUAUGUUAGUUUUCCAGGUGAUGCAAAAUGUCAUAUUGUUAGCGCUCCUAAAAUUUUCUUAGCUUCUAAAAACUUCUCUUUAUUGCACUAAAAAAAACCCUACAACUUUUUAUAGAUGUGCCAGUUGGCUUUGUAUUGCUGUAAUAAUAGUAAAGUUUAUUUUAUAUACA